AUGAGAACAAGUGGGCGUGCAUUAACAGACGAAGGAAAACCAAUGUUCCCAGAAGAAAAGAGAAAACCCAAGAGGAAAGUGGCAUGCAUGAUUGGCUACUGUGGUGCGGGAUAUCAUGGAAUGCAAAUCAAUCCACCUAACAAGACUAUCGAAGGAGACAUGUUUGAAGCGAUGGUUGAAGCAGGAGCAAUUUCAAAGAAUAACUCUAACGACUUGAAGAAAUCGGGCUUUAUGCGUGCUGCCAGAACCGAUAAAGGUGUUCAUGCUGCAGGUAAUAUGAUCUCUCUGAAGAUGAUCAUUGAAGAUGCGGAUAUUGUAGAUAAGAUUAACGAAGCGUUGCCUGAACAGAUUCGUUUUUGGGGGUAUCAAAGAGUCAAUAAGGCAUUUGAUUGUAGAAAGAUGUGUUCUUCUCGUGUAUAUGAGUACUUGAUGCCAACGUAUUCGUUUUUACCCCCUAGACUGAACUCUCCAUUAUAUAAACGGGUGAAAGAGAUGCAAAAGAAGCAUUCAGAAACCAUCAGAGUUGACGAAGAAGGAGAGAAAUUUUGGGUGGAUCUUAACAAGAAGAUUGGGGAUGCUGGAAUUACCCAGGAACAGCUUGACCAAAUCAGCGAAGCUGGAAGAGAGGGAAUUCCACUGACCAUUCCGCUUGACAUAGCCUCUAGAAAAGUCAAACAGUUGUCUCUGGAGGCCAGGCAGAAGUUCCGUGUCAAGCAAGAAACGUUGGAGACACUUCGAAAAAUGCUUAAGUUUUAUUUAGGUUCUCACAACUUUCAUAACUUCACAAAUGGCAAGGUUUUUAGAGAUCCCUCGGCAAAGAGAUUUAUGAAGAACAUCACCGUAAGCGAUCCUUUUGUCAUUGGACAAACUGAAUGGAUCUCUAUCAAGAUUCAUGGACAAUCUUUUAUGCUUCAUCAGAUCCGUAAGAUGAUUGGUUUAGCCUCGUUAAUCCUGAGAACUGGAUGCCCAAUAGAAAAGGUUAGAGAAGCAUUUGGCCCUGAUAAAGUGAAUAUUCCAAAGGCACCUGCUUUAGGUUUACUUUUAGAGAGACCGGUUUAUGAUGGUUACAACGAGAAGUUGAAAAGUUAUGGACACGAACCUCUUACUUUCGAUGGGUACACAGAAAGGAUGGAUACUUUUAAAAGAAAGUUCAUCUACUCGAAGAUUUACGAAGAAGAAGAAAAGGAACACACCUUCCAUGGCUUUUUUGGAUUCAUUGACUUUUUUACGGGAACAGAAGCUACCAACAAUGGAUUACCUAUUUUUGACUUUAUUACAUCAGGAGAGAUUAAGGAGGAAGUGGUUGGAGAGAGAAGAAAGGACAGAAAUGAAGAGGUGGAGAAGGCCGCUGCGGGUGCUGCAGCAGCUGCUUCUGAAGCAUCCCAAACUUCCUAA